CUUCCUAUUGGGACUGAAAACCAAGUGAGGAGAUGAAGGAUUGCACCAUACUACACCAGAGAAUACAGGGCGGAUAGACGCCACAGAUAGAUCCUGACCAUCAUCCAAGGAACAACUGCACAACUGUGGGAAGACAUCCAGUCCCUUCACAGCAUUGCUUAAUGCAGAGAAGGUUGGACAGGGAAAUCAUCAUCUGGAAAUCGGUCAAGUUAGGGGAACUUUGACAUAUAAUCAGAUCUGAUACUGGUCAGUGGUGUGGAGCCUUCCAUCAGAACCAACCUUUCUGAAUGUUCGGCUGUGGGUGAUCGGUCAGGGUGAGGCUGGGAAGAAGUGUCAGUGGCUCCAAGUGUUGUGAGAGGCUUUUCACGUGUUAGAUGUGUGAGGCUCAUAAGAUUCAAGUUGCUUCAUGGAGGUUGAACAAUUCAUAUGUGAGGUGUGCGGCCAGGCUUUCAAACACAAAUCAACACUCAUGACUCACAGAUACAAUCACUUUGGGCAGAAGCCGUUUAAGUGUAAGGUGUGUGAUCAGAGUUUUGUACAAUUAUCAGGUCUGGUGAACCACCAGCGUAUUCACAAAGAAGACAGACCAUUCACAUGCAAGGUGUGUGACAAAUCCUUCUCACGGAAAUCGAGAUUGUUGCUGCAUCAGAGGAUUCACACUGGGGAGAAACCACAUACCUGUAAGGUGUGCGCCCAAUCAUUCACGGAACCUUCAAAUCUCCGCUCACACCAACGUGUUCAUACGGGAGAGAAGCCAUUCAAAUGUGAGGUGUGCAACAAAUUAUUCUCACAGUCAUCGACACUCCUGCUCCAUCGCAGGAUUCAUACCGGAGAGAAACCAUUCACAUGUGAGAUAUGCAACAAAUCAUUUUCAGACCCUUCAAACCUCCGUGCCCACCAACGCAUUCACACUGGAGAGAAGCCCUUCAAAUGUGAAGUGUGUAACCAGGGAUUUGCACAGUCAUCAGGCCUGGUGAAACAUCGCCGCAUUCACACUGGAGAAAAACCAUUCACAUGUGAGGUGUGUCACAAAUCAUUCUCACAGUCAUCGACCUUCCUUGAACACCAAUAUAUUCACACUGGGGAGAAACCAUUCACAUGCAAAGUUUGUAUGAAAUCAUUCACAUCAUCAUCCACUCUCCGUGUACACCAACGCAUUCACACAGGGGAGAAGCCGUUCACAUGUGAGGUGUGUGACAAAUCAUUCACAGACUCAUCGACCCUCCGCAAACACCAACGUAUCCACACAGGGGAGAAACCAUUCCCAUGCCAGGUGUGUGAGAAAUCAUUCUCAUCGUCAUCGACCCUCCAGGCACAUAAACAUGUUCACACUGGGGAGAAACCAUUCAUGUGCAAAGUGUGUGAAAAAUCAUUCUCACAGUCAUCGAACCUCCGUACUCACCAACGUAUUCACACAGGGGAGAAACCUUUCAGAUGUGAGAUGUGUGAUGAAUCAUUCUCGAGGUCAUCCGUCCUUCUGGUACAUCAGAGGAUUCACACAGGGGAGAGACCAUUUACAUGUGAAGUUUGUAACAAAUCAUUUCUGACAUCGUCGGACCUCCUUCUCCAUCAGAGGAUUCACACAGGGGAGAAACCAUUCACAUGUCAAGUGUGCAAUAAGUCUUUCUCAAGGUCAUCAAACCUCUUGCUUCAUCAGAGAAUUCACACAGGGGAGAAACCAUUCACAUGUGAGGUAUGUGGCAAAUCGUUCUCAAGGUCAUCAAUCCUCCUGGUCCAUCAGAGGAUUCAUACGGGGGAGAAACCAUUCAACUGUGAGGUGUGUGAUAAAUCAUUCACACAGUCAUCUACCCUCCUUGUGCAUCAACACAUUCACACAGGUGAGAAACCAUUCAUAUGUGAGGUGUGUGAAAAAUCAUUCUCAUCAUCAUCAGAUUUAUGCAAACACCAACGCGUUCACACAGGAGAGAAACCAUUUAAGUGUGAAAUGUGUGAGAAGUCUUUCCCAGAUUCAUCAAACCUCCGCAGACAUCAACGCAUUCACACCGGCAACUACAUGGAAAAGAAACCAUUCACAUGUGAGGUGUGUGACAAAUCUUUCUCAGACUCAUCAAACCUCUGCACACACCAGCGCAUUCACACUGGGGAAAAACCAUUCCAGUGUGAGGUGUGCAGCAAAUCAUUCUCAGUGUUUUCAAACCUCCUGAGACACCAAUGUAUUCACACAGGGGAGAAACCUUUCAGAUGUAAGGAGUGUAACAAAUCAUUCUCACAGUCAGAGAGCCUUCUCAGACACCACCGCGUUCACACAGGGGAGAAACAUUUCACAUGCGAAGUGUGUGACAAGUCAUUCUCACAGUUAGUCAGCCUCCACACACACCAACAUAUUCACACAGGGGAGAAACCAUUUCAGUGUGAGGUGUGUGACAAAUCAUUCUCAAGGUCAUCAGAACUCUUGCUCCAUCAGAAGAUCCAUACGGGGGAGAAACCAUUCACGUGUGAAGUGUGCAAGAAAUCAUUCUCAAGAUUUUCAGUCCUCCGUGUCCAUCAGAGGAGUCACUCAGGUGAGAAACUGUUCAAGUGCAAGACUUGUGAUAAAGCAUUCUUCCAGUCAUCUACCCUCCUCGUGCACGAACACAUUCACACAGGGGAGAAACCAUUUACGUGUGAAGUGUGUGAGAAAUCAUUUCAAAAUUCAUCAAAUCUCCAUGUAUAUCGACGCAUUCACACAGGGGAGAAACCAUUCACGUGUGAGGUGUGUGACAAAUCAUUCCCAGAUUCCUCAAAUCUUCGCAAACAUGAACGCAUUCACACAGGGGAGAAACCAUUCAGGUGUGAGAUAUGUGACAAAGCUUUCACACAGUCCGUGCAUUUGCUGGUCCAUCAACGCAAUCAUGCAGUGGAAAAACCAUAAAGGUGUUGAGUUCGAAACACAUGUUUCACACAAUUUUUUGGAACUUCUGGAACAUCAACAAACGAACGUGAGGUCUACCCAGCCAAGUUCUUGCC